AUGGAGAAUUAUGUCAGCGGUGAUUUUGGAAAGGUACAUCUAGCAGAUGAUGAAACCUUGAAGAUCAUUAGCAAGGGAGAUAUCAGAUUAAAAUUGCCAAAUCAGACCACAUGUAAGUUGCAAGGAGUGAGGCAUAUUUCUGGCCUUAAAAAGAAUUUGAUCUAUGUGGGACAACUUGAUGGAGAGGUAACAGAUGCAGAUAAAAAAUCAAACCUAUGGCACCAAAGCCUUGGCCAUAUGAGCGAGAAAGGGAUGAAGACACUUUUGUCAAAAGGGAAGCUGUCGGAUUUGAAGAAUGUAGAUGUCGGCCUAUGCGAGGAUUGCAUUUUUGACAAACAAAAGAAAGUCAGUUUUAUAAAGAUUAGCAAGACACCCAAGACAGAAAAGUUAGAAUUGGUUCAUACUGACGUAUGA